AUGGGUUUCCUCUCCUGUUGUUCGGCAGCGCCGAUCACGAAAGGAGACAACGUACUAGCAACAUCCGUUCAAAAAUCGAAGGAGAAUGGUCAGAUCGCUUCACACAAGACGGCAGCAGACCUGCAGGAUGCCACCAACGCAAAGGUGGUCCAGGCUUUGGCGCGCGCAGAUCUCAACGCUGACACGCGUGUGCACGUCUCUGCCACUGCGGAAGCAGCUGACAACAGCGCUCCCAACGAGACGGCUGCGCCACUGGCAUACCCCCUGGACGGAAACACCCGUGCGCUUGCGGGCGGUGAUACUCCGGAUGCCCUGAUAGAGGUCAUCGACUGCAACCCAGUCUCCCCCAGCCGCCUGAAUGUGCCACUCAACGCGUUCACGCAGUCCACUAUCGAGGGGAACCCGUACAACAUCCACUUGGGUGCUCCAUUGCCGGCAGUCAAUGAUGAGCGGCUGGCCACGCUGCUCUCUAUGGGCCAAGUCGGCACGCCGCCCGACCCCAACAUAGAUCACAUCUUGGAGCUGGCGUGCACGGUUCUGGGCGUCGAGACCAUAAUGGUGUCUUUGCUGGAUGGGGAAAAGAAGUUUAUAAAGUGUGGAACUGGGCUGGUGAAGGGCGGGGGGAUCUCCCUGGAUCCCCCGGCCAUCUGCCACUGGUCCCUGGUCCCCACGCUGCACCAGAUGGUCAUCGUGGAAGACACCCACGAGGACGCCAGGACAAGGUUCAACUCGACGGUGGUGAAUCCGCCGCAUGUGCGCUUCUACUGCGGAGCUCCCCUCGUGGCAUCCAACGGCCACCGCCUCGGCAUGCUAUGCGUGGUGGACCAGAAGCCGCGCAAUUUUGACGAGGAGCGAGCGGCGAUUCUGUGCAACCUGGCAGAAUUAGUCGUGCGCGAGCUGGAGGCGGCGUGGGCCGCCCAGUACCAGAGGCGGCACUCGCUGAAGCUCAUGCGUGCCAUGUCAACGUACAGCCAGGCCUUCUUAGUCGUCGACACAUCAGCGCCAGGCUGGCGCGUGCUGCAUGCCAAUGACUCCAUCACUGCGCAGACCGGCAUUCCGAGGGAGACGGCUCUGCAGCAUCGUUUCUGGGACCUCUUCAGCAUCGAUGGCUCCCAAGACCAGGAGCCGUGGACGGCGUAUCAGCACUAUACAGGCGAGCAGAAGCCUUUCAUGAUCAAGAAUGCGCACUGCGAGAGCGCUGGCCUCUCCGCCAAGAAGCUCUUCAACAUCAUGUUCAGGCCUGCGACGACAGACAUGAUAGACGAAAACGCGCAGCUGAUCGGCGUGCCUGCCGGCACAUGCACACAGGCUCCGGCAGCCGCCGGCACCAAGUACUACUUUGUGACGGUGCGGCCCGGCAACGCGGCGCUGGCCGCGUCGGCCGGCAAGCGCAAGCUGCCCUUUGAGGGCCUGCGCCUUGGACCCCAGCUCGGCAAGGGCUCGUAUGGGAAGGUGUACCGGGGAACGUGGCAGGGCAAGAGGGUGGCAGUGAAAGUGGUGGACGAUGCGGACAAGGUGCAGAUGCAGGACGGGAAGCCGAUGGAAGCUGCGCUGACCGAGGGGCUGACUCACCCGGCCAUCUGCCGCCUGUACGCGCAUGCGCUGCGCAGUCACUCGCGAGUCAGCAGUGACGAAUGGCAGCGCGAGAACGGCGGCAUCCCUCAUCCCGAUGAGCUCUGGCUCCUGCUGGAAUACUGCGACAAGGGCUGCGUGCAGGAAGCGGUGGACAAGGGCUGGUUCCGCAUGAAGCCGACAAUCGAAGCGGCGCCCAACAUGGCCGUGAUAUUGUCGACUGCCGCCGAGAUCGCAGAUGCAAUGGGCUUUCUCCACAGCAAGGGCGUCAUGCACGGCGACCUCACCGGAGGCAACGUGCUGCUGAGCAGCAUGACGGACAAUCGGCACAAGUUCUGCGCCAAGGUGGCCGAUUUUGGUCUGGCGCGCGAUCUGGGAGUUGUAUCGCGCGUGGAGACGCGCACCUACGGAACCCUCACCCACAUGGCGCCCGAAGUGCUCUCUGCUGACAUGGUCUCCAAGGUUACGGACGUGUACUCGUUUGGAGUGAUCCUGUGGGAAAUGUAUAACGGGCAGCGCGCAUGGGCCGGCCUCAACACAGCCCAGGUCAUCCACGCGGUGGCGAUAGACAACCAGAGUUUGCGCGCGCCGGAGGGAACGCCGCGCGGCUACGCGGACCUCAUGGCAGCAUGCAUGGCGCGAGACCCCGAGGCGCGGCCGACCUUCGAGGAGGUCAGGGACGCCGUCGCGCAGCUGCGCGCUGAGCUGGACGCUGAGCUGGACAGUGACGUCGUCGAGUAG